AUGAAGACCUCCAACGCCAUCCUCAGCCUCGCCGCGCUCGCCGCCCAGGCCUCUGCACUGGUGCAGAUGGAAGUCCGCUACAGCGACAACAUGGUCGACGUCGGCGACAUGGACAUCUUCGCCGCGACCUGGCAAACCCUCUACGACCUGGCCGGCAACCAGCGGUCGGUCAUGACGGACCGCUCGGUCGAAUCCGACAACAACCGGUGCAAGCACCAGCUGGACGCGGACAAGAAGGACCUGACGGUGCAAGUCAAGAUGAACGGAGCGUGGGGCCAGACGCCCGGGUUGGAGCAGAACCAGAUGCGCGAGGCGCUGAUUUCGUCCAUGUGGGAGGUGCUCAAGGCCGUGUCGGACAAGGAGGGCUAUGAGAUGUUCAAGACGUGCUACAGCUUCACCUGGUCCGAGGGCGGCGCGUCCAAGCCCGAGAACGCGUGCGGCCGCUCCGCCGCCCGCACCUGCGACACGUGCGGCGACUCGGCUGGCUUGGCUGAGUGCGUCGACAAAACCUGGGGCCACAAGGUGCCGUCCAGCAUGCGCGUCACCGCCUACAUCGACAACCAGCUGCAGCCUGAUGACCUGAUCAUCGAGUUUGCUUCGGCGAAGAACCCGACGAGCAGCGGUGGAUGUGGCUGGGUUGGCGAGGUUGCCGGGCUGGUUUCUGGCUUCAUUCCCGUUGCUGGUGAUCUCUUUGCGAAGGGUAUUGAGCUUGGCUGCAUGGAGUAG